GAAGAACACAACAGAGCAAGAGCGCGGGAGCAAAUACGGAGAGAGAGAGACUUUACCUUGAGACUUCCGUGUGAGGCUCCUGCUAGUGCUGUUGGCGCCCCCUGCUGGAGUGGGCUGAGUGGGAUGCGAUGACCCUGUGCGGCAGGAAGGCGCUGACCCUGCUCAGCAGCGUGUUUGCCGUGUGCGCGCUGGGCCUGCUGGGCAUCGCCGUCAGCACCGACUACUGGCUCUACCUGGAGGAGGGCGUCAUCCUGCCCCUCAACCAGAGCACCGAGGUACGCAUGUCCCUGCACUCGGGCCUCUGGAGGGUCUGCUUCGUGGCAGAGACAUCUGCUGCCGAGCGAGAGUUUCCCACCAGUAAACCAGGGGAGGAGAAGGGCCGAUGCUUCACCAUCGAGUACGUCAUGCCCACCAAUGUCCAGAUGACCUCAGAGUCCACCGUCAGUGUGCUGAAAAUGAUCCGCUCAGCCACGCCCUUCCCGUUGGUCAGUCUCUUCUUCAUGUUCAUUGGCUUCGUCCUGAACAACAUCGGGCACAUCCGCCCCCACCGCACCAUCCUGGCCUUCGUCUCUGGCAUCUUCUUCAUCCUCUCAGGUCUAUCCCUGGUGGUCGGCCUGGUCCUCUACAUUUCCAGCAUUAACGACGAGAUGCUGAACAGGACCAAGUCCAACGAGGCCUACUUCAGCUACAAGUACGGCUGGUCCUUCGCUUUCGCCGCAAUCUCCUUCCUGCUCACAGAGACGGCUGGCGUGAUGUCCGUCUACCUGUUCAUGAAGCGCUACACAGCCGAGGAGAUGUACCGGCCGCACCCGGGCUUCUACCGGCCGCGCCUGAGCAACUGCUCCGACUACUCGGGCCAGUUCCUGCACCCGGACGCCUGGGCGCGCGGACGCAGCCCCUCGGACAUCUCCAGCGAGGCCUCGCUCCAGAUGAACUCCAACUACCCCGCCCUGCUCAAGUGCCCCGACUACGACCAGAUGUCCUCCUCGCCCUGCUGAGACGCCUCCCUCUCUUCCUCUCUCUUUCUUCUCUUGCUCUCUCUCUCUCUCUCUCUCUCUCGCUCCCUCUUGCCCUCUCUACAUCUGUAGCUCUUUCACUCCCUGUUUCUCCUUUUCUUAAUCUCUCUCUUCCUCUCUCUCUCUC